AUGCCUAACCCUCGAGCUUCUAAGCGGCAAAGAAUUUAUCGGGCAUGUGAUCAAUGUCGUCGGCGAAAGUCCAAGUGUGACGGGGAACAGCCUGCUUGCUCCAUCUGCCGCACGGCGAAUCGUACCUGCAGUUAUCAAACUGGCGGUGGGCGACGAGGGUUGCCCCCUGGAUAUGUCCGAAGCUUGGAGACAGUUCUUGGACUUGUUCUGCAACAUGUUCCAAACAGCGAGAGAACAGUGCAUGAUUUUUUGAUCAAGUCGCAAAACAAUGACCACUUCCUUGCCAGAGAUCCUGCAACAGUCUGGCGACAGUCUCGACUGGCCAAAGAUUUGUCCAAAUUGAUUGAGCAUGAUUCUCGCGAAAUUCUAACAAUCACUGGUCCUGAUGAACCAGAAUGGGAUACCCUAGACAUGAUCAACACACCAAGCGUCACGACUGCUGGCACUGGGCCUGCAGCCUUUGGGCUGAAUGAACCUUCCCGGCACCAACAAAUUCCAAAUAUUGGAACAAUUCAAAUCGAUUGCUUUCAUCUACUGUUCCCAGUGGAUACACUGAGCAUGCUGGAAAAUUAUUUCACGUAUACACACUGCUGGUUCCCGAUCCUAGAGCGCCACGAUCUAUUUCGGACGAUGCAUACAAGCAUUGAACCUGAAGCCAGCCUAAGUGAUGGUUCAAGCUUAGUUCUUUGGGCAGUUGUGGCUUAUGAAUCUUCCACAAAAGAUGAUGGAGACCAAAGGCAGCCAGGCCCUUUGGAAAUACAACAAUCAAUCUACGCACGAGUCAUGACACAAAAAUCGAAGAAUUUGGAACUAGGACACAUUCAAGCUGUCGUUGUCCUUGCUUUACUACAGCUUAAGCUAGGUGAUAUCAAAAAUUCGUGGAGGCUUGCUGGCCAGGCUUCCAGAUUGCUGGCGACGUUGCCGAUAGCUUCUAAGAACAACCGAUAUCAUAACACUUUUCAUGGAUGUAUCUUCCUUGACAACAUUCUGUCCGCUAUUUUGCACAAAGCACCCUGCAUGUCAUUGGAAGAGCAACAGGAAGGAGGGCCGAUCAACGAAGACAGCAUAGAAGAAUGGGAUGUAUGGUCGGUAUCUCUACAAGCUUCAGAAGGCGGAUACCGAAACACACCCAAAGGACCGCUGCGAGCGUUGAGCAUCUUCAAUAACAUCAGCCAGCUCAUGAGGCGCCUGGCUCGAAUAUUGUAUAUGUCGACCAACAUAUCGCCCCCAGAACAGCGCGAGUUUCUAGCCAGUCUGCAAGCCCAACAGGAAAUGCUUGUUGAGAAGUACCCAUAUAGCAAAGGCCCUGAGUACACCACUCCUCCAUUACUCACUUUGCAUCUCACAUGUUCCUUUGUGAUGCUGGAUUUCUUGAAAAGAAGCCCAACGCUUGAUACUACGGAAAAAGAGUUGGUUGUCAACCUCGUGCAAUCUAGUGUUAUUCUGUUGGGCCGAUAUCUGGAGACAGCUGGGCCGUUACAAAUGUCACCAUUGUUGUCUUGUUUUGCUCUCCAGUGCCAGCAAUGCUCUGAUAUAAUUUACUCCGACGCUAACUCCGCGGAGAGACGGGCUCUCAAAUCCCGACUUUCCCCGUACCUGCAGAAUUUGGAGGAUGGAAUGGAAAAUAUCCAGGGAUCAGUUGACAUGAGACCUGCAAGGGUCGAGAAUCUUCGAAUGGACCCUGCUUGCAAUGGGUUAGUCCAGCCAUCACAUCUAGAAGUGUUGGAAACGCGACCGGAAAACUCCAUCAUUGCUACAGCGAAUCCUAUUUCUGACUCGUGUGUUAUUUCCACUUUUCAAUCACCGGCUGGGCUCACGCUUGCAGAAAACGAGGGAUUCGAUGCUCUGUUUGAGGAAAUGGUCACCUCCAUCCCGAUUAACAGGCAACAACCCCUCUUCGCUCAAAAUUUAGGCUUUUACGCUGGAAAUCUGGAUAAAGACUUCUUGGAGCAACUUCAACAACCACCAGAUGACUGA